CUCUCUUUUUUGUUUUGUUUUCUCGACAAUAAAAUUAAAUGUCAGCUGUAGUAGGAGUAGCUUGGACAGUAUAUGGUAUUAUGACCAUUGCUCUAGGUCUAUUUAGUAUAGCCUUUACAAAAUAUUAUCAAAGCAAACGUGAUUCGCAAAGAUCAGCCACCUUAGUAACCAUGAUAUCCCUAACGCUGAUCCUAGCAACGGUUGCCUUGUUACCGAUUGACAUAUUUCUAGUUUCCUCAACGGUGGAUUCAGAUACGGGACUUAAAAAGAAAUGGGCAGAUAGUGACACAAUCUACUGGAUGACGUUUACUGUUCAAACCAUGUAUUAUGUUCUUUAUGGAUCUGUCUUAGCCAUGAUAUUCUUUUUGAUUCCUUAUACGUACUUCUAUCACGAAGACGACGAGGGUAAUAACAGACGCAAGACAAAUGCAACUAAAUACACCAUUUUCUUCUUGAUUGUCCUCGGAUUUUUGUUCUUUUUUGGAUUGUUUUUGAAGCCUAAUGCUUUACCUCCGCAUAUCGAUCUAGAAUGGUUUCGCUAUUUGUUGACUGAAAGCCACGGUGCGAAAGCAAUUUGGUUUGUUGUCGGAUGUUUGUUUAUGCCCGGUUUGGCAGUAUUCAUUGUCUACACAGCUCCUGGUCUAUCGCUUAUUCCUUUCUAUUUGAUUAAAGGCAAGAGAAAAAUUGAUGCUGAGGAUGAAGAUGUUCAUCGUCGGUUGCACUCGAUCCGAGAACAACAAAGACAAAUUGAACACAAAUAUGCUGGAUCAAAUGAAGCAUUGAGCGCACAUGAUUAUCGUACAUUAGAAAACUUAAACGAUGAAGAAAGAAUACUCAUGCGUCGUCUAAAUGGUAUUGAAGAAGACAAAAUGGACUUUUUACAACGAGUGCUUAAGUGCUUCAGACCCUUCCAAGUUUUCAUCGGUUUGAUCUUGAUUGUGUUUAUAUUAUUAAUAUCUUUUUCGAUGUUAAUGACAACUAUCGACAAAAUCUUUUUCUCAGUUUGUGGUCGUAGAUGCGGCUUCAUCAUUAGUCAAACAAUCUUAUUUAACCCAAUCAAUUUCAUUUUUGUUCAUCUACAAAAAUUAUUCCCACUUGAUUAUAUUAUCAUGAUAUGUAUUGUUGUCUAUUUCUUUUUAGCAACAAUGACAGGAAUGAUCCAAAUGGGUGUCAGAUUCUUAUGGGUGACACUGUAUCGCAUUAAAAAACGGUCUACCAAGCCACAAGCAUUAUUGUUUUCAAGUCUCGUAUUGACAUUUGGCUUGUUUGCUGUAAACUAUUCAAUGACCUCUGUUGUAGCACCAGGCUAUGCACAUUUUGGAAGUCAAGUCUAUUGUAACCACACGGAAGGUGGACGAAGAGAUUGUAGUUAUGAGAUAGAUCAAAUUGUUCCCUGUGAUAUUUAUGCUCCUAUUGAAAUCUGUACACCGACUGUUUCUUCUACAUUGAUCGACCGCAUCACACUAAACACACCAUUGUUUGGUUUGAUUCUCUAUUAUUCUCAAUGGGCCUUUUUAAUUUCAUUUAUGUUUGGUUUUAUUAUUGCACUUUUCAAGUCACCUUACUAUUAUUCCGAGCAUGUCUUUGAAGAAGAGAUUGUAGAAGAUGAAGAAGAGGAAGAACAGGCUGGUUUGUUAGAUGGACAUCAUCAACAGAUUUAAAAGGAAUAAAAUUGCACGUUCUUAUGUACCAACUCCUUUUUUUUUUUUAUUGCUAUUCUUGCAAA